UCAGCGCACUGCAUCUCUGGGAAUUUGGUUCAUUCAAAAACAAUUUUUUAAAAAAGCGAAAUUGUUUUUACGCGUCGCUUGGUUUUUCCUCUGGCGCUCUACUUGAACUGCUUCAAUCUUUAUUUUUUAACCUGCUACUGUCUGGUAGGAUAUCAGUUCAUUUUUUCCUCUCUUUUUUUGGUUACUUGUUAAUAUAUAGUAUCCUUAAGGAUCUUUUUUUUUCCCUAAGUAAGUCUUUGGAGUCGUUUUUUGAGAGAGUCGGCUGACACAAAUCGUCCGGACAUCUGCUGUUGUAAAAAGGAUUUUACGCGCAAUCCUCCCAUUUCCUCAAAGCAUGAAACAGCCCACUGCCAAGACUGAGAUGAGCCGUUUCAACAUUUCCCCCGACGAAGACAGCAGCUGCAGCUCCAACAGCAACGAGUACAGCAGUUACCCCGAGCAGAAGAAAGUCCCGCUCGGCAGCCAAUACCCUGACAUGGACGCAGAAAGUCAAAACUUCCUCUCUGAAAACAACCUGGGCAAGAAGAAGUAUGAGACUGAAUAUCACCAGGGAAAUGCCUCCUUCGGGAUGUCCGUCUUCAACCUCGGGAACGCCAUCAUGGGCAGCGGCAUCCUGGGUCUCUCCUACGCCAUGGCCAACACCGGCAUCGCCCUGUUUGUGAUCCUCCUCGUGGCGGUCGCCAUCUUCUCCUUAUAUUCUGUCCACUUGCUGCUGAAGACGGCCAACGAAGGAAGGUCGCUGGUUUACGAGCAGCUGGGUUACAAAGCCUUCGGGAUGCCCGGGAAACUCGCCGCCUCCUGCUCCAUCACCAUGCAGAACAUCGGAGCCAUGUCAAGCUACCUCUACAUUGUAAAGUACGAGCUGCCCAUCGUCAUCGAAGCCUUUAUGGGAACCACCAACGGAGAAUGGUACGCCAACGGAGAUUACCUGGUGCUGCUGGUCUCGCUGCUCAUCAUCCUGCCGCUCUCCCUUCUCAAGAACCUUGGUUACCUGGGUUACACAAGUGGUUUCUCGCUGCUCUGCAUGGUGUUUUUCCUGAUUGUGGUGAUCUACAAGAAGUUCCAGAUCCCGUGUCCGCUGCCCGAGGACCUCACCGCCCUGAACGAGACGCUCAGCCGGCUGGCCAACGCCUCCCUGCUGCACGCCAACACCACGGCGGUGGACUACAGCGAGGACGCCUGCACGCCCAAAUACUUCGUCUUCAACUCGCAGACCGUCUACGCCGUUCCCAUCCUGACCUUCGCCUUCGUCUGCCACCCCGCCAUCCUGCCCAUGUACGAGGAGCUCAAAGACCGUUCCCGUAAGAAGAUGCAGAGCGUCGCCAACGUGUCCUUCCUGGCCAUGUUCAUCAUGUACCUGCUGGCCGCGCUCUUCGGAUACCUGACCUUCAACGUGCACGUGGAGCCCGAGCUGCUGCGCACCUACUCCAAAAUCUACAAGUUUGACGUGAUCCUGCUGAUCGUGCGCCUGGCCGUGCUGACCGCCGUCACGCUCACCGUCCCCGUCGUCCUCUUCCCCAUUCGUACGUCGGUCAACCAGCUCCUCUGCGCCUCCAAGGAGUUCAGCUGGAUCCGCCACACCGUCAUCACCGUGGUCCUGCUGGCCGGCACCAACGCCCUCGUCAUCUUCGUCCCCACCAUCAGGGACAUCUUCGGCUUCAUUGGCGCCUCGGCCGCCGCCAUGCUCAUCUUCAUCCUGCCGUCGGCUUUCUACAUCAAACUGGUGAAGAAGGAGUCCAUGAAGUCCAUGCAGAAAAUCGGGGCCACCAUCUUCCUCAUCUGCGGCUUCAUCGUCAUGGUGGGCAGCAUGACCCUCAUCAUCCUCGACUGGAUCCACAACACGGACAGUAAGCCGGACGGACACUAAGCCUCGGCCGCCAGCAGGGGGCGAGGGGGCGCCGCAGCGUCGGACUGCUACGACUGAACGCGCAAAAAAAAACAAAAAAAAAAAACACCAACGAAGAGACAAAGUUAUUAUUGUAAAAGACGAAAAAACACAAAGACUCGCUGGAGGCUCGGCCCCGGGCGGCAGAACGCGCCAUUCCAAGAGAAUGUACCUGAACUCUGUACAGAACGCUGUCAGGCCACACGGAUGGCCGCUCACUUCUUUUGUUUCCUUUCUAUUGUAACUUUUUUGUUGUCGUUUUUGCUUGUUUUUGUUGUUUUUUUUUUAUGGUAGUAACGGUACAGCGGAGAAACAAACAUUUCAAGGUGCCUCAAACAGGGACGACUUGGGUCGCACGGUUGGAAAAUGCAGCUUAACAUCCCGGUACGCCACAUGUGUGUGUGUGUGUGUGUGUGUGUGUGUAUGUGUGUGUGUGUGCGGCUGUAACCUCAACGCUCAGCAACAACAACACACACUGUCUGUGAAGAAGCCGCUCGCAAAAACUUGAACCUCCUGGAAACUAACAAACAAACAAAAAAACAGAUCAAAGAUGAGCUCGAGGCGACGGGACUUGAACGAAGAAAAAUCUCCUCAAGGACGACGACGUUCCUUCCAGCAUUUUGUUGCUUUUUGUUUUCUCUCUUUUUUUUUCUCCUCCUUUUGUUUUCCUUACUUUGCCAAAAAUGUAUUUGUAAAACCAUCUUUGUAUAUUGAAAAAGCACUUACUGUUCAGCACACUCGUGAAAAACAAACAACAACAACAACAACAACAACAAACUGUCAGUUUCACGGGCCGGGGCCUCGAACGCCUCGUCAGUAUUGUCCCAAGGCUUCUCGACCUUGCUUAGCGUGUCAGCUUUACUUGUAAAAACUUAGUGUAAGUCAACAAAACCUGCCUUGUCGAACCCGACCCCGGGAGCUGCAGAACAUCUCAUGAGUGGACUCUUUAAAAAACAAAAACAACAACAACAACAACAACAACAACAAACUGUAUUUACUCCUGAGCAGCGACUGAAACCGCGUUGGAAGACGACGACACUACUGCUGGGAGCCCCGCCGGCUCCGACAAAACCUCGAUUUUUUUUUUCUUUAUGGGAGAAUACUUUGAAUUUGACCACAUGCUGGUGGUUGUAACGAACCUGUAAAACUUGCAAAAAAAAAAAAAAAAAAAAAAACAAAGAAGGAAAUGUAACACAACCAAACCUGAAAGAAAGAAAGAAAGAAAGGAAGAGAUAAAAGUGUCUGUCACAAUGUCAGUGUUGGUUUUUUUUUUUUUUGGUUUGUUUUUUUUUUCCUCACGGUUGCGCAGUUUUGUGCUUUCUAAAUGUUCCAUGACGAAGAGGAAGAGGAAGAAGAAGAAGAGCUUGAUAGGUCAGCCGGCGGGGGGAGGAGGGGGGGGGUUCCCUGCCGGCUUCACUGUGCUUCCAACACUAACUCAACCCAUCAUCCCAUCAGCUGUUAUUGUCCCACGACUAUUUAUGGAAGACCGUGAAAUCAAUGUAAUUUAAUCUAUUUUACUAUAUUUAUAAAAUAUUGUAUGUGUAUAUAUAUAUUUGUAUAUAUCUAUUGAGUUCAACUGUAUAUAUACGCUUUGUUUUUGUUUGGAUUUUUUUUUUUUUCUUUUUUUUUGGCAAUUUAACGCAUUGAAGCUGUACAACAACAACAACAAAAAGAAAAAUGAAAGAAAAAAAAAAAACAGCUGGUGAAUUUCUGUCUUUUACCGAUUGCCCCCUGAAACCCCCCUGCCACGCCUUGUUUGUGUCUCCACCACCCCCACCCCUCACCCCACCCCCCCAUCCCAUCCCGAACGUGACCUGGAUCGACGAAAAAAAAAAUGUUCUUUUACGCACAUGUUGGUUGGAGAUUUAUGUCAGCCAAUCUCGUGGCCUCAGGAGCAAAGAGGGCAUUGCCCACCAGUGUUACACUCUUGUUUCAAUGAAACACUAUGUAUAUCCUGUAAUUAUUGUCCAAUUAAAAAUCAAAGAUCAUCUCUGA